AUGGAUAGAUUGAGUGACUUUGAGAGGUUGACGGCAGAAAUUAAGUCCCUGAAGGAGUCUUUAAAGGAGAAAAUUGAUAAAGUUCUUUCAAGAAGCGUGAAAGAAGCUAGUGAAACCUCAGAAGAGAAAAAGGAACAAAGUGAAAUCGCAGAAGAGGGAAACGAAGAUGGUGAUAACGUAUUGGUGUCUUCUCUAGAAGACGAGAUCGAUAGUAAAGAAGAAGAAGUGCUUGCUGCGAGUUGCAGGCUGCUUAACAUGUUUAGGGAACUUGAUUGCACCUUCGAUGGCCCUGAAAGAAGAAUGGGACGACUAAACCUUAAUGAAAUUACAGAAGCAUGUUCACGCCACAUAGUGACGGCGAUGGAAACGGAGCAAGAAACUUUAAACCGAGCAAUUUCAAUAAGCAAUGCUUGGAAACACCAAGUCAGUGCUUUGUUCAAUGGGGGCAUAGAGGGGGAACAAAUCAAAAAGGAUCUACAAAGACUCAAAGCGAGCUCCGGUGAUGAAGUCUAUUGGCUAAUACGAAAGGCGUUUCGUGAAGCGCGAGUGGCUUUGAGGACGAAUGUUUAUAUGAAACCGUGGAAUCUUGAAGAAAGAAGAGAAGCAACACUCAUGGAACUACUCGGUCCGCUUCCAGAGAUAGCCCGACGGCGGCUUCAGGGCAGGCCACGUCGUGACGACUGCUGCUGA